GCUGGGUGGUUUCCCCCUCCCGGCCCCGGCCGCGCUGGGAGAUGCCUAGCCCUGCCGCUGCUGUCAUCCAAGCCAAGCGCAGGGAACAGCCCUGGCCGGCGGCCAGCUGUCUCCCGCGUAGCUACCUCCCCCUGGCCAGCGCUUUUACAAUGCGGAUCUUCCUUCCUCCGAGCGUUUAAAUUAUAGCGCAGAGAAACCUGAGGCAGAACCGCCACCGAGCCCGGGACAGCAUGUCCGGUACCAAAUACGUGGACUCGGAGGGCUUUCUGUACACGGCGCCCGUCAGGGAGCAGGGCAACAUCUACAAGCCCAACAACAAGAUGAUGGCAGACGAGCUGAGCGAAAAGGCGGUGCACGACGUGCACACCAAGGAGAUCGACCUGGUCAACCGGGACCCCAAGCACCUCAACGACGACGUGGUCAAGAUUGAUUUUGAAGAUGUGAUUGCUGAGCCAGAGGGAACACACAGCUUUGAUGGGAUUUGGAAGGCCAGUUUCACCACCUUCACUGUAACAAAAUACUGGUUUUAUCGCUUACUGUCAGCAAUCUUUGGCAUUCCUAUGGCUCUCAUCUGGGGCAUCUACUUUGCCAUUUUGUCAUUCCUGCACAUCUGGGCAGUGGUGCCAUGCAUAAGGAGCUACCUGAUUGAAAUUCAGUGCAUUAGCCGUGUCUAUUCUAUCUGCAUCCACACGUUCUGCGACCCACUGUUUGAGGCUAUAGGCAAAAUGUUCAGCAGCAUCCGAGCCACAGUACGGAAAGAGAUUUGAGGGACCUUUCAGGGAGAGCCAUCAGCCUAGAGUGUGGUUGGGUAUUUUGUUUCGUUUGGAGUUUUUUGGUGCCAGUUUCAAGUUUCCCAAAGCAACAUGCAGCAACCGGUGGUGGAUAUACUGGCCCAAAACAAAGAAUCACUUGCUCAGUGUCCUUUUCUACUGUUUAUUCCUACUGGACUACUUGCUCUUUUUUUUUUCCCCCCCUAAAUCUACCUUUCAAACUAACCUUAAAUUGCUAUUCUUCCAUGCCGGUUGCAUAUCAUCUUACUGACAACUCAGAGACUGAAGUGCUGUUGUUGGAUUCCUUUUUAUCCCAUCAUUCAUUCCUUGUAAGAGAAAUCCACAGCAAUGCUGAAGAACUACAGAAGUGCUUUCCAACUUUAUAAAGCUGUUGUAGCCAAAGUGUGUAGAGCUAUUGCAGCAGAAUGAACGUGACAAGCUGGCAGGUUUUUAGCAGAAUGUUCUUUUUCAAUUGUAUUGUCAGAUGACUACAGCCAUUUAGCGUCAUGGUCAGAUAUGAUGUUCUAUGAAUAAAUUAGUUAAGUAAACAAAUUGCUUAACUAAUGUAUGCUUUGAAAAUCUAACAUUUUUUCAGGUCAGAGACAUUGACACAUGAAAGCUUUUCAUGUCCAUAAAGAGCUUCAGUCAGUGCCUUUCUAUCUCACUCUCUCUCUCGGAAGUUUGCAGCCAGUUGUUUUUCAACCUUUGCUAGAACUGCAGAGGCAAACUGAAGUUGAAAACUAAAACUGGUCAUUAUGGAAAUGUUUUCCUGACUGUGACUUAUGACACAGCCCUUAGUUAGCAUUUAGGUGCUUAUCUCAUAAGCUUUUCUUUCUUUUUUUUUUCCAAAGUAUUCAUAUAAAUACAUAUAGCAAGUAUGCCAGAGGUGCCAGAGAUAACCCAGAGUUACAAGAAAAAUCAAGGUGUGCCAAAUGCAAGCCACAUAAUGCCAAGGAUGAGCUGCCUCUGAGAGAAACUUUUUAUCAGCUUUAAAAACUUUCCUAUCAGCAGGUAUCAGCAUGCCACUAGCUCACAGAUUGUUUUCAGGAGAAUUGAUGCUUUGCUGAGUCUAAACUAAUCCAUCACAAGAGAUGGUUUAGAAACUUCACACUGUGGGUCUGGUUUUUUAUUUUCUUUAGCUGAGCUGCAAGGAAGACUUAAGUGGAGGGUAUUGUGUGAAACUAUCGUAUGUUGCAAAGUGCAAGGCCUAGAAAAUAAAGCCUUUGCAACAUACUCUGAUGCUGUGACCUACAAGAGCUUUUUGCCCUCAGGACAGUACUGUGUUCAGAGAUACUGUGUGUAUCCUCAUAUGGUUUGCAUGAAGCAUUUGUAAAAAUAGUCAUGAGGCUCACCAGCUUUAUUGUAAGCCAUACUGGGCUCUGAACCUGCUCCAGUUGGGAUCUACAGCAAAACAGUUCUUGACUCUGAGAGUGCAAGAUUUGGCCCUUGGAAUGAGCAUGGAGCUGCCUGGUACACCUACAGCUUUUUUAAUUAGUGCUGAUAUUCCACAUAUCGCUCUACCUAACACAGGAGUGCCUUCAGUUCAACUGCUACCAAAGCAUUGACAAUUGUUUAGAAAAUGCUGCAUUUUUUAACGGGGGCUAGGGAAGGUGCACACAGAAGUUACAAACAUAUUAACUACUAUUGUUUGCAUUUAAAACAGACACUGGUAUGGAUAGAGUUUUAUGUUUUUCUAUGUACAUAAUGGAGAGUGUACUAUUAUAGAGUUUUGCAGUAUUAAAAACAAGCAACAUUGUAAACAAGAAAUAUUUUAUGAGGAAAAUCACUCUGAAAGAAACCUCCUUGAUUUACCAUAUAAACUGUAUAUCCUGAAAGAUGUCUGUUCACUUAGAUUUAUUAGUCCCUAAUCCAAAUACAUUGCUGAUCAAAGACAUUUAAAUUGUUAUAUGCUUACAGAUAUAACUGACACUUUUUUUUAUUCUGCAUGUACAUUAAAGACUACAAUAAAAAGAUGUUUAAUGGUA